AUGCCUGUACGCAGAGGACAUGUCGCUCCCAAAACAACGCUUAUCGAGACAAUUAUUCGCAAAUUUGAUACACACAAUCGAAGUUUUUUAGUAGCAAACGCACAACCAGAAUCAUGUCACAUCAUCUUCUGUUCGGAUGGAUUCUGCAAAAUGACGGGCUUUACCAGGGCGGAGGUAAUGCAACGAUCGGCAUGCACCGACUUUCUGCAAGGCCAAAUGACCUCGGUCGGUGUGAUGGAAUCUAUAAGGGAGGCGCUAAGAAAAGGCGAAGAAAAACAUUUUGAAAUUCUUUACUACAGAAAGGACGGUUCCAAAUUUCUAUGCUCGGAAGUGAUCGCCCCAAUCCGUUCGGAAGUUGAUGACAUCUCACUGUUCAUAAUAAACUUUGAGGAUCUAUCUAACCCCUCAAAUCCCGAACCGAUCGAACAAGUAAAGUUAAGUAAAUUUGAUAAGGCGAGAGCGAGUUUUCGACAAUCAUUCAGAAUCGGACAUAUAGCCCUUCGAGAUCGAGGUUUACGCUUGGCGGGAUAUCUAACGCCUCCCUCCGAUGCGACCCAAGAUGAAGACGAAAUCAUUGCACCGAAGCACCCAAUCGAGAGUCCCGCCAACAAGAACACAGUCCUUAAGGUGGAAGCCAACAUAUGGGCACCUAUGUCAACACCUGCCCUGACAAGAACAAAGGAACUGGACUGUCUUCCACGCGAUAUCGAUACACUCAGUGGACCAGGCGAGAUCGUAAUCACGGCACCCAAUACAACGCAACACAUGCGAGUGGACAGCAAGGAACAAAGUUCGAAAGACAUGAAACCAGAAUUUGUGCAAACUAAGAGCUUAGAUUUUGAAUCGCAAUUAAAACAUGUGGAAAGCGCGAAACUAAUUCGCUGUUACGAAAACACACAUUCCCAAACAAGCCGUGGAUUCGUAGAAAAACGUGCCCAUACGGUAGAUGAUUUCAUGAGAGGUCCGGUAAAUCAUAAUGCAAGAUUGUACUUCCCUUACGUCUCAUCAGAAAGCGAUCUGCAGCGAUACAAAGCGGUCCCUGUGAAACAGGCUGCGGCUCAAGAUGCGAGGACCAGUUCAUCACUUUCAAACGUGCCUUCAGACUCGCUCAAAGCUAAGGACAAUGGCUCUGGCAAAUAUUUCCAAGGUACAAGGCAGACCAUUAACAUGGGAGAGAAGGUGGCACAGGAAGCUUCAUGUCCUGCUGAAAAGCGCAACACAACCAGCGGCACAACAGAACAGAACACAACAGAACUGGCACCAAGGGCGCGGGACAGACGAGCGAGUAGUAGAGCACCAUCGAGCGAGUGCACGAUAAAUUAUGUUCGCAACACCAUGUCCGAGGCAAGUUUGCGGGCAAAUUCGUGCGUUGAGCUGUCGGAAAUUCGCAAACUGGACAGUUUGCUGAGGCAGUGCGAAACGCUCAGUUACGAUGAUCUGUCCUCGGGCAGCAAUGGCGAGCGAGAGCUAGAGGACUACAUGGAGCAGCGCAAGCACAUCCGAAGGCGCCGUAAUUCCUCCGGGAACUGUAUCUUCACACCGCCGAUCAGUAAGUCCACGUUAUCGAUGCUGUCGAGCCUGAACUUUCUGAACGGUGCGCGAAAAAUAAUGGGCGCAAUGAAUAGACCGGGAACCAUGAAAACGGGCACGAUUCUGGACCACCCAGACGACUGCUGGUUACUGUCGCAGAAGUCUUUUACCACCAAAAGCUGUUCAAACCUGCCCAAGGGACUGUGCUUUACGCCAGCGGGUGGCACCGAAUCAGCCGGCAAGUCGCUCCAGCACCAGCAGCAGGUGGACAACUUGCACAGCCUUUCCGAGACUAUCCUUUCCAACAUACGUAAGGCUGCCCAUGCAGUGCAGGUGAAGCCAAGCAAUCGAGAAACUUGUCGAUGUGCAGGUGGCAACACAAACAAACUCCCACCGAGUACAACGCUGCAACUUCCAGCAAGCAUUCCCGCAGCGGAGGAAUUCUGUGGGGAUGAUGCAAAAACGAUACAUCGCAAGAAUCAAUGUCAUGCCCCGGAUGAAGAUAAUCGGAUAGUGAACAUAAUCGAAACGCCCAACAUUGUGCCGAUAUCGAUGAAGAGUCUCAACAAUGCCCUGUCGGAUCGGCUGUGCUACACCAACAAGGCGCAAAGAUCCUUCGACAAUCGGUCGGAUAAAUCGAUGCUUUCCCAAGCGAACAGCGUCAAGUCGCGAUCAAAGUUCUCGCCAUUGUCGCGCAAGGUUUCGCAUAAAACCAACAGCUUCGACACGGAACCGGCCGAGGGUGCGAAAGAGUCGCUGCUCGGGCACAAGUUUGAGAAAAUACUUCCCGAACCGGUGGAAACAGCGCAAGAAAAAUGGUCCAGUGUACGGCUCAGUACGGAUUCGAAGAAGAAUCAAAUUAAAAUUGAAAACCAUAUAUCCACCCACUCCAAUUUGAACCUCAAUGGGCUCAGUGGCGACAAAGCCAAUUUGGGAAAAGAGGUUCUAUCGCUGGGAGCUGACGUCCUGCCGGAGUACAAACUGCAGAGUCCGCGUGUUCACAAAUGGACAAUACUGCACUACUCGCCAUUCAAAGCGGUCUGGGAUUGGAUAAUCCUGUUGUUAGUUAUGUACACAGCAAUAUUUACACCGUACGUGGCCGCAUUUCUGCUCAGCGAGCCGGACUAUAAUCAGCGAAAGAAUCGAAAAUAUGCCGAUGAUCCCAUUGUGAUAAUUGAUUUAAUAGUUGAUGUAACCUUCGUUGUUGAUAUACUGAUAAACUUUCGCACUACGUUCGUGAACGGGCAGGACGAGGUAGUAUCCCAUCCGGGCAGAAUCGCCGUUCAUUAUUUGAGCGGAUGGUUUUUGAUAGAUCUGGUAGCGGCUAUACCAUUCGACCUGCUUCUGGUGGGCAGUGACACGGACGAGCUUGGCUUGGACAAAGAUGAGACAACUACCUUAAUUGGGCUGUUGAAAACGGCACGAUUAUUGCGCCUCGUACGCGUUGCUCGAAAGAUCGACAGAUACUCCGAGUAUGGGGCAGCCGUCCUCGUACUGUUGAUGGCAACGUUCGCGCUGAUCGCACAUUGGUUAGCCUGCAUUUGGUACGCUAUCGGGAAUGCAGAACGACCUCUACUGAAGGGAAAGAUAGGGUGGCUUGACGCACUUGCCCAAGAUACUCAGGAGUAUUACUUCCCGAACAACACCGGCGGAGGUCCUUCUGUGAAGUCUCGUUACGUCACUGCCCUGUACUUUACCUUUACAUCGCUUACAUCUGUCGGCUUCGGUAAUGUUGCGCCAAACACGGAUGCAGAAAAGAUAUUCACCAUAUGUGUCAUGCUUGUUGGCUCGCUUAUGUACGCUAGUAUCUUUGGAAACGUUUCCGCCAUCAUACAGCGGCUAUACUCAGGAACUGCACGAUACCAUACUCAGAUGCUGCGGGUGCGCGAAUUCAUUCGCUUCCAUCAGAUACCGAACCCGCUGAGACAACGCUUAGAGGAAUAUUUCCAGCACGCCUGGACGUAUACUAAUGGUAUCGAUAUGAAUUCGGUACUUAAAGGGUUUCCCGAAUGUUUACAGGCUGAUAUUUGCUUACACUUAAAUAGAAACUUGUUAAACAAUUGUUCAGCUUUUGAAGCGGCUAGUCCAGGAUGCUUAAGAGCACUUUCACUUAAAUUUAAAACCACACAUGCUCCACCAGGUGAUAUUUUGGUGCACAAAGGCGACGUUCUAACGUAUCUUUAUUUCAUAGCCAGAGGGUCAAUUGAAAUUCUCAAAGACGAUGUUGUAAUGGCGAUUCUAGGCAAAGAUGAUAUUUUUGGCGAAAAUCCCUGCAUUCAUUCAACACUCGGAAAAUCAAAUAGUAACGUUAAAGCUCUGACUUAUUGUGAUCUGCAUAAAAUUCAUAGAGAUGACUUAUUAGACGUGUUAGAUUUAUUCCCGGAAUUUUAUGAUAGUUUUGUAAAUAGUUUGGAAAUUACAUAUAAUAUGCGAGAUGAAGAGCAAGCUGGUGUCGAACUUAGGCAUAGGUACAUGCGGACUGGAUCCCAAGAUCGCGAGAGUGAGACGAGAUCUUACGUUAGAAAACUCAAUACUGUGCACCACAGGCCGUCUGGCAAUAAAUGUGAUAUGCCCAAUGAUAGAAGUUCGAUAGGACAGCUCAGUACUAAUUAUGACGAUGAUCGCAAAUUCUCGCUUUCCGGAAUAAUAAAUCAAUUGAAAAGAAGCAUACCAGAUCUUAGAUCCCAUAAACAUCAGCCAUUGACAAACCAGUGUGCUUCACCAAACGAAAGCCCGAAAAGCACGCACAAGCAGACAAUACCACAUCUUCAAGAGCAUCAGACGGCGGCCAUGGUUGCCUCGUCGGUUCUUGGCAGGGCAGCAGACACUGUUACAUUGAGUGCGGUCAGUAAUCGUGCCUGCACAUGCGGAUCGAAGCCAGAAAUACCAGGAGGGCCAAUACGGGCGGCCGAUUGCUCGCUGAAGAGUAGCCCGGAUGACGAUAUCUUUCAGCACGCAGCACCGAACGGUAGCAAUGUGGGCAAACCAACGGACCCCAAACAUAGUCUAGGAAUAAUGGUGCAUCAGUUGUCCGAGCUGACGGAUAGAAUCGGCAAUCUGGAAUCGAGCCUGAAGCACGAUAUUAGAACCAUCCUGGAAAUUUUACACCAGCAGCAGCAGCUGCAGAUGCAAAUUCAGCAACAGCAGCAUGAUUAUGCACAGCACCAUCAGCAAAUGCAUCAGAUGCACACCGGGAAGACAGCUCUGUCUUCGUAUCAACCGUCCGAAAGUGAUUUUUCCUUUGACAUGUGCGGAGCACCGAUAGAUCCACGGGAAGUUAAGCACCACCAGCAACCACUGUCAUCGCAGCAACGGAUCCACGUGGCCCGUUCCGUGUCCCAGCCCGAGUGCUCCGAUGAUCGCAACUUAUUUAAAUGUUCCAAGUUUUCAUCUUUCAACCAUCCUUUGGAGGAUACGCCCGAACAACAAAAUUGGAACAUAUUUGCCCCUAUUGCUAAACUUGAAUCGUUAGACGAAAUCGAUCAGGAAACUAAAGCUUCAUCCAGUCAUGAUAAGAUACAGUGAAGAAAACGGAAAAAGUAUCAUCAUUCAUCGUAUAUUACAACAACAACAACAAACGAGAAUCGUCGAUCCGAGUCUCUUAUAACCUCUAUAGUGAAUGUUGGUUUUCUUUACCUAUUUUCUAAAAAGGAAAAACGAAACGACAAAAAUCUAACGUUUGUAUAUAUUUCCCUACGCAUAAUGAAGUCAAGAUAGACAUAACCACACACACACACACACAACAAAUGCAAACACACAUUAGCACACGAACACUCGAUAAACAUACGAACACGAACAACACAUACCCACUGGAAGGUUUAUGGCAAUUUUUCACCACUUAUAGACAAAGAAUCCAUCGUUGCGUAUAUAUUGAUAUAGAAUCCCUCACCAAAACAACAAAAAGGCGUGAAAAAUACUGCAAUGUGUUUAGUUUUGUCAUUUUCACUCUAUAUUAAUCGAUGCAGCAAAAAAAGGAAAAGAACAAACAACCCAAACGCUUUGUGUUGAGUGACUACGUUGAGUCUUUAAAAAAACAGCAAUAAUGAAAAUUAAAUAGCAAUCUUUUUUCAUAUAAAUUACAUUUCAAACUUAAUACGAUCAAACGGGAAAGGGUUUUGGGGGUAGAGAAAAAAAAUGGUAUAGCAUGAGAACGAAACAAGCAAACGUAAGUAAGUAGAUGCGCAAGGUGCGAAACUGGCGGCGGGAAAAAUGUAGAAAAAAAAAACAAAUGAAUGUACGGAAGGAUAGAAUUAGUGCAAGCAAAAAACACAAAAAACACAUAGAGACUUACAAAUAUCAAUGAAUUAAUGCAAAGUCAGCAACAAAAUCCACAGCGCAUAUUGGAAAAGCUCAUUGCCUUUAUUUAAAUCGAACACAAAAGAAAACAACCACAGAAGGGACGAGAACAACAGAAAAACAACAACAAACAAAUAAAGUUACUGCUAAUGAACUGAUUUAUACUA